GCCGCUGUCCCCGCCCCGGGGCGCUCCCGCCGCUUCCUGCGGGCACGGCCGGGACGGGGCGGGCCGGGACGGGCCGGGGCGGCGGCGGUAGCGGAGCGCGAGCCGCCCUGUGCCCCACAGGUGCCAGGGGAUGCCGGGAUGCCAGUGCCCGCGUGCCCACAGCGCCCUGCCCUGAGCCCAGAGCCCGGCUGUGCCAUGGAGGAUCCGCCCAGCACCAGGACCGAGGCGUGGGCCGAGGGGCUCCACAAUGCCAACAACAACGCGUCCCCGGGGGGGUGGCCGGCUGCCCGCGGCGGGCACCCCCUGGCAGCUUUCGGGAGCCCCGGGGCCAAGCCCAGCUACCUGGACCGCGUGGUGCAGGAGAUCGUGGAGUCAGAGCGCACCUACGCCCGCGACCUGCGCAGCAUCGUGGAGGGUUACCUGGGCAAGAUCAUCGACGCGGAGGAGCCGGUGCUGCGGCCGGAGCAGGUCAGCGCGCUCUUCGGGAACAUCGAGGACAUCUACGAGCUCAGCAGCACCCUCCUGCAAAACCUGGAGAGCUGUGCCAAUGACCCCGUGGCUGUGGCCGUGUGCUUUGUCACCCGGAGCCAGGAAUUUGCCAUCUACACCCAGUACUGCAACAAUUACCCCAGUUCGGUGGCAGCACUGACCGAGUGCAUGCGGAGCAAGGUCCAGGCACGGUUCCUGCGGGAAUGCCAGGAGCAACUGCGCCACGCGCUGCCCCUCGGGGCCUACCUGCUUAAGCCUGUCCAGAGGAUCCUCAAGUACCACCUGCUGCUCCAGGAGAUCGCCAGGCACUUUGAGCACAAGGCAGGGGAUGACUACGAGCUGGUGCUGGAGGCCAUCGACACCAUGACCUGCGUGGCCUGGUACAUCAAUGACAUGAAGCGCAAGCACGAGCACGCCAUCCGCCAGCAGGAGAUCCAGUCGCUGCUGCUGGGCUGGAAGGGGCCGGACCUGACAAGCUACGGGGAGCUGGUGCUGGAGGGCACGUUCCGGGCACAGCGGGUGCGCCAUGAGCGUGCCCUCUUCCUCUUUGACAAGGCCCUGCUCAUCACCAAGCGCCGGGGCGACCACUAUGUCUACAAGAGCCACAUUCCGUGCUCCUCGCUGAUGCUGAUUGAGAGCACGCGGGACUCGCUGUGCUUCAGCCUGGCACACUACAAGCAUGGCAAGCAGCAGCACAGCCUGCAGGCCAAGAGUGUGGAGGAGAAGCGCAUGUGGACUCACCACAUCAAGAGGCUCAUCCUGGAGAACCACCACGCCACCAUCCCCCAAAAGGCUAAGGAAGCCAUCCUGGAGAUGGACCUGUUCUACCCCCCACGCCUGCCCCGCUGCAGCCCUGAGCGCCUGAAGAAGAGCUGGUCCUGCCAGCCCCUGGGUGACGCUGCCACCGAGCCUCUGCAGGGACGCCGGCAGUCGGAGCCCUUCCAGCACCAUGGGCACACGGAGACGCUGCUGGAGCGGCUGCAGGGACAUGAAGGGCGCAGGCAGUCGGGUGUGAACAACGGACGGGAUCAGGGGGCUCGGGGUGCUGAUGAGUUGGGGGACACGGGGGUUAUGCCACUGUCAUCUCCCCUCCCUCCAGAGCCCACCAAGCACAACCUGUGGCACCUCGGCGAGCAAGAGUUGAAGAACACUGGCAGCGACGGGGCGCUCCUGGAAGUGGGGGAACCACCCCAGCACCCCAAAGCCUGGACAGUGGCUGAGGGCGUGGUGGUGGAGGAAGAGGAGGAGGAGGAAGAGAAGGCUUUGGGCAAGGACUGCCAGGAGGAGCUGCAGGACACCAGGGAUCUGCUGUUAGAGCCCCAGGAGGAGCAGGCUGGGGGACCCCCAUGGGUGCUGGAGGGACCUAAGCGGCCGAGCAGCUGGGGGCCAGGGAGCUGUGAGAAGGUCAGUGCAAGCCCCCGGCCCUCACCCGGGGGUGCCCAGGGAUCCAGCACCCACCCCCCUAACAGCAGUGCUGGGGAGCACCCCAAGGGCCCCAAAUCCCCAUCCCUGGUGGGGACCCUGGCACUCCCCAGUGGGGACAGGGAACCAGAGCGCGCUGCGGAGGAUUUGCAGGUGCUGAGCAGCGAGGAGGAGGAGGAGGAAGAGGAGGAGGGGGAAGGUGCCGCCAGCAUCCUACCACCCUCAGUGCUGGACCAGGCCAGCGUCAUUGCCGAGCGGUUUGGCGGUGGCAGCAGCUUGUCCCGACGGAGCAGCCUGGCGCUGGAGGGGCCCCUGGGACGCACCCCCAGCCAUGGUGGCAGCACCCUCAGCCUGGAUGGGGGCCCCCCACUCGAAUCUGAAGAGCCCGGGGGGUCCCGCAGCGCCAUCCCCUCGCCCGAGCCCUUUGCCAGAGCCCGCCGGGAGUCGCUGCUCUCCAACCGGGACCGGCUGCUGCUUGACAAGAUCAAGAGCUACUAUGGCCACGCCGAGCACCGCGAUGCCGGUUUCGGGGUGCGCCGCCGCGAGAGCCUCUCCUUCAUCCCCAAGGGGCUGGUGCGGAGCAACGUGUGCCGCCUCAAUGGGCUCCCACGGCCCCCCGAGAGCCCCGAGCCCCCCACCCAGCCCGAGGCACCAGAGCCGUGCCAGGGGAACGGGGCGCAGGCAUCAGAGCCGUGCCAGGAGAACGGGGCGCAGGCACCAGAGCCGUGCCAGGAGAACGGGGCCCAGCCCCCAGAGCCGCUGCUCAUCCUGGAGGAAGAUGAUGUGGGCACCACAACAUCGCCCCCAGGGCCAGCCCCGCAGCUGCUGCUGACACCCCCUCACCUGGGCACCAAGGUGUACCAGCUGGCACGGCAGUACAGCCUCCGCAUCAAGAGCCGCCGCGCCGGCUCCCGCCGCCCCCCGCUGCUGCAGGAGGACGGGGACCCGCCACCCAGCGCCCCUUCGCUGGCUGUGCCGCGGGACGAGGCGCUGGUGGCCUCCCCGUCCCCGCGAGCCCCCCGCAGCCCCUCGAGCCCCGUGGGCGCCGAGCCCUUCGCCUGGCCCGACGUGCAGGAGCUCCGUGCCCGUUUCGGUGCCCCGCGGCCACCGCCGGUGAGCCGGAGCCGCUCGGCGCCCGAGGGUCCCGCCCGCGGCGGGCGCCCGGCCGGCAAGGAGCGGGGCGGCGGCCGGAGCCGCAGCGCCGAGGCCACCGGGGGCUCCGACACCCCGAACCCGGCGCCAGCGCGGUACAGCAGUGACGGGGCGCUGUGGGUGGCGGCCGAAGCCCCUCUGGGCCCCGGGCAGCGGGUGGUGGUGCUGGAGCGGCUGCCGGAGCCCCCGGCCUACGUGCAGAUCCGCUCGCCCACCACGCGGGAGAAGAUCUGCCUGAAGGCGGUGGUGGAGCGCUGCAAAGCCUACCAGGCGUCCGAGGAGUACCGGCGGCGCUGCCCCGAGCCCCCCGGCAGCCCCGAGCCGCUGCGCCACGGCCUCGUCAGGGACCUGCGGCAGAAGUUUCAGACGCUCGACGCUGCCAGCUAGGGGCAGGGAUGGGUAGAAGGGGUGGUCCUGUGGACCCCCAACCUUCCUGGGAGAAGGGACACUACAUAGACGUCUAGUUGGAAGAAGGGUCACCCCAUGGAUCCUCAACCUGCCUGGGAGAAGGGGCACUGAAUGGAUCUGCAACUUACUUGGAAGAAGGGGCACCCCAUGGCUCCCCAGCCUGUUGGAAGAAGAAACCCGUUGGGAAUUUACAAUCUGCCCAGGAGAAGGGACACCUCCGUGGACCCCCAGCCCUCCUGGAAGAAGGAGCACCCCACGGACACCUAGCUUGUCCAGGAGAAGGGGCACCCCAUGGCCCCCUAGCCCACAAGUAAAGGGGCGCCCCAUGGACUCCCCCAACCCACCUGGCAGAAGGAGCACCCUGGGGACUCCCAGCCUGCUCUGGACAAGGGACACCCCCUGUUCUCUCUGCCCACAGGACCAGGGGCACCCCAAGAACCUCUUACUACAAGCACCAGAGGUCCCCGUGCCCUGUAGGCACCCAGCACUGCACCCUGCUCGCUUUCACAUCUUUAUUAGAAAAAAAACCCCAAACUGAA